UCGUGCGCCAUAGUCUAUUCUCCUCCCCAUGGUCUCCUCCUCACGUUCUCUACUCCCCAUGGUCUCCUACUCCCCACGAUCUCCUCCCCAUGGUCUCCUCCUCCCCAGAGAAAGUAAAUCAAUCAUAUCUCUCAAAUUGGAGCAAGGAAAUUAGGAAACCAAUCUGGUGCGCUCACGCCAUGGAAUCUCUCAUCCUCCUCCCAUGGAAAAAACAAACAAACAAAUCUUUCUCAAAUUGGAGCAACCAAGUUGGGGAAUAGAUCAGUCCUAGGAUUCAAUCCUAGGUUUGCUGACGUACGCUCUUUGGGAACUUCGUGGAGAUCGCGACAGGGCAGAACCAAGCUCAUGCUGCCAUCUUAUAAAUUAACUGCAGCCUGACACAAAUAAUCUACACAUCAAGGAGGCUCUUGUCGGUCGUGAACAUCGUCGCUGGUGAACCAUCUCCUAUUUGGUCAGUUUCUUUUGUUUGCCUUCAAAACAAUGGCAUACGAUAUGCUCCGUGAGAUUAGCAAUCAGAAGGAUUCCUGGAAAGUAAAGGUCAGAAUAAUUAGGCUAUGGGAUGCCAUUAAUCUCAACAACAAUGAACUUAUUAGCCUUGACAUGAUACUACUUGAUGAAGAGGGUACUAUGAUACAUGGCAAGGUAAUGAAGCAUAUGGUUAACAAGUUCAGACCAUUGAUCCAAGAAGGUUUAGUCUACAUGAUAGCAAAUUUUAAGGUUAUGUCUGCAAUGAAUUUCCGUCCAGUUGAAAGCGAAAAGGUUAUAAAUUUCUUGCACACGACAAAACUCAAGAGAUAAAAGGUCAAAAAUUAUAUCAAAAUAGCAGAACAAAGCUUCACAUUUUGUACUAUUGAAGUUCUUUCCAUAAGAGACAGCCAAAAGAUUUACUUAUCUGAUGUCAUUGGCAUAGCAAGUUGCAUAUGGCAUAUUGAAGAAACACAGACAACCCACGGGAUUUCAAAGACUCGAGAUAUUGUGCUUCGGAUUGAGGAUCAAAAAAUUAAUAUUAGACUAUGGGGUAAUAAGGUUGGUCAAAUUGAUGAAGAUUCUUUGGGGCGUGUGGUCAUAGUAACAUCAACUACUGUUAAAAAACUGAAAGAGUACUCGCUGUCAUCUACAGGUGCGACCAGAGUUUAUAUCAAUUUGGAUAUCCCUGAAACAAAUGAGCUUCAAACGAGGUAUUGCUUGCAAGAUGGUAUGGUAGAAGAAAUAGAGCCGGAAGACCACUUGCAAGGCACAAUUCGAGAACAGAUGCUCUAUAACAGAAGAACCCUAAAAGAAAUAACUGAAAUUACAUAUGAAUCUGAAAAAUGGAAGCAAUGAUUAAGUUAAUUAAUACAUCAGAUGAGUGGUACUACAUAGGAUGUCGCAGAUGCAA